UGGGUUCUACACCCACGUGUGUCUGCCUCUGUUGAUAUUUGUGGCUAGUUCAUUGCAAAUAAAAAGGUGAAGUUAUUUCGUACGUUGUAGCUGGUCGUGACCCUAUGCCAUUUGUAUCUGCAUGGGCGCUAGAGUUCGUAUUAAUGCUAAUUUCCGUCGCUUGGGAGAUGAGCGAGCAGCCAAUGUACUGGCCCAGCUGUCCAAUUCUGUGCGCCUUUGUUGCCUCCAAAUGCUACUUUGCCGGUAUUCAGUAGGAGUCGGCUUCUUGUCCAGCGCUGGCAAAGAGGAUUUAGUUGUGGACAAUUAAUUAAAACCGCAAAUUCAUUACACAACCGCAGGGCGUACGGAGCACGAAGGCGCCCGAACAACCACUUGCCCACCCACCAACAACACAACUGCAAAACCACACACCCACACGAAGUGGUGGCAAAUCUAUUCGACAACGAAGCCAAUUCCUGCUCAGCGUCCUCCCUUUACGUGCCCACGAAAUAGAUAACUAAAUCGACUUUAUGUGGAUGCUUGGCACAAACUGAGGAGAUUUUGUUUUGUGUUUUGGCAAGGAUUUCAUUUUGCUCAAAUGCAAUUAUGCUGCCAAGCACAACAAAGCCAGAGUCGGAGCAGAAGACACUUAUGCACGCAACAACAGAGGAACUUAACCGAAAACUUUGUAGCACAGUUAAGACACUGAAAUCCACUUAAGAAUUUGUGGCCCGCUUCGACAGUGAAUUGGGCGAGUGAUACAGACGGAGUGGUAUCUAUUAAGCAAGAGCUAAAUCGCAAUGAUGCUUGGCAGUCUGAUGUUGCACAGUCGGCGCACGGGCCUGGAAAGUAGAGUAUUGCUAAGCGAUGACAGUCUCUACUACAUAGCCCCGCAGCAGCCACUGCUCCAAGGCACCGACGACUAUCAAGAGGCAGCAUCUAUCGCUGCCUCUCUCCUCUACAACGAAUCCUCUACAGAGCUGGCAACUACCGAUGGUGAUGCAACGGCUGCAGCGUCCUACGUCUAUUCAACCACACCCGCCACCGAGCGCCUCAAUGUGACGCUGCUGAACAUUACUUGCGAGGAAGUGGAGUCCGAUGAUCUCUGGUCCAGUGUAUACUUCAAGAGCGCUGUAUACCUGCUGUACAUUCCCAUCUUCAUAUUUGCGCUUCUGGGCAACGGCAUUGUCUGCUACAUCGUGCAGUCGACGCCACGCAUGCGCACAGUGACGAACUACUUUAUAGCCAAUCUGGCGUUGGGGGACAUUCUGAUGUCCCUCUUUUGCGUGCCCUCCUCCUUCAUAUCGAUCUACAUUCUCAACUACUGGCCCUUUGGCAUUGUCCUGUGCCAUCUGGUAAACUACUCGCAAGCAGUCUCGGUCCUGGUCAGUGCCUACACACUGGUGGCCAUCAGCAUCGACCGAUACAUAGCCAUCAUGUGGCCAUUGCGACCACGCAUAACGAAGCGCUAUGCAAAGUUUCUCAUCGCAGGCGUUUGGUUUAUAGCUCUGGCGACGGCAUUCCCAAUUCCCGUCGUCUCCCGUGUGGUCUUGCCAACUUCCUUUUGGCACGAGAAAUGCGAGAAAUACAUUUGCCGUGAGGAGUGGCCCUCCAAUGAGCAGUAUUACUACUACACACUGGCGCUCUUUACGCUGCAGUUCGUCGUGCCACUGCUGGUGCUCAUCUUCACCUAUACGCGCAUAGCCAUCGCCGUGUGGGGAAAGCGGCCUCCGGGAGAGGCGGAGAACUCGCGUGACCAGCGCAUGGCUCGCUCCAAACGCAAGAUGAUUAAAAUGAUGUUGACGGUUGUAAUUGUAUUCACCAUGUGUUGGCUGCCAUUUAAUAUACUGCAGCUGCUGCUCAACGACGAGGAGUUUAGCAAAUGGAAGCCGUUACCCUACGUAUGGUUCGCCUUCCAUUGGCUGGCCAUGUCACACAGUUGCUACAAUCCGAUAAUCUACUGCUAUAUGAAUGCGCGCUUUCGAGGCGGGUUCCUGCAGAUUAUUUAUCGCGUGCCCGGCCUGCGUCGCUGCUGCUGCCUGCAUCGGUAUUUGCGCAGUCGCGGCGAGCGCAGCUAUGAAGCAACUGGAACCGACUAUGCAUUCCACCUGCAUCGUGUGAACACCUGCACAACCUACAUCAGCACAAGACGAAAGCUGCGCGCGAAUUCUAUGCAAGUGAGUCAAUUUUCAUGUGCGGAAACCACAGUGUUGCGGUAGCUCCCGCAUCUGCCCAGGAAGCACAACGUAGCACUGGAAUUGGAUCACUUUACGGGAGAGGGACGACGACCGAAUUCUGAGAUUUUGAAUUCUGAAUUGUGAAAGUUCCAACCGAAUCAUAGUCAAAUAUGUAUACUACCACAUAACAUCUUCGUAACUCUAAUUGUAUCUAGGUAUGAAUGAAAUCUGUAUGUAUGUACACCAGUAUGUUCCAAAUGUAUUGUAAAUGUCAAACCAACAUAAUGAAACUAAGUGGAUCCUAAGCAUUGAAGAAGAAACAUAAAUAAACUACGUAACCAAA